UAUCUAAAGCGACGACUAGAACAAAAUAAACAUUUUUUCUUUAAAAAAUGGGCAGGGUAAGAAUCUCCUUGGAAAUUCCUCGCCGGAACAUGUCGUCAUAUCAUAUCUAUGAUGCAAUACAACCUUGGCAAGAUAUCCUAAUUAGAAAUGGAGUUGGAAUUAAGAAAUUCCUUAUUCCUUUCACUAUUCGUUUAGUGUUUGUGUUUGUAGGUCUCACGCCUUAUGUAUUGAUUUGUGGCUCUUUAAAUUCUAAGUUUUUUCGGCAAUCAUGGGAUGUAAUUCUUCUAAACUCGAAAUUGCAAAAUCAACUGUAACUACUCAGGACGAUGACAGUGAGUUUGUGGAAGAUGUGGUGUGUAAAGUGCAAGAUAUUAAUGAAAAUGAAAUGAAAACCUUCGAACUGAAUGUACAAAAGGUAUUGCUGGUAAAACAGAAUGGUAAAAUAAGUGCCCUCGGAACAAAAUGUACCCAUUAUGGUGCUCCUUUAGUAAACGGGGCUCUGGGAGAUGGCAGAGUGAGAUGUCAGUGGCAUGGAGCAUGUUUCAGUCUGGCUACAGGAGAUAUUGAGGAUUUUCCAGGGCUGGAUUCCUUGCCUUGCUAUAAAGUUACUAUUGAAGAUGACAAUGUUAAGGUUAGAGCUAGGAAGUCUGAACUGUCGACCAAUAAAAGAGAAAAAGCAAUGGUUCUGAAAAGUUCUGCGGAACCACAGAAAAUUGUGGCUAUCGGUGGAGGUCCUGCAGGUGCUACAUUGGUUGAGACACUGAGACAAGAAGGAUUUCAAGGUGAUAUUACUUUAGUAUGUAGAGAAAACUACUUGCCUUAUGAUAGAGUUAAAGUUAGCAAAGCUAUGGACUUUGAGAUAGAGAAAGCAGAAUUUAGAACUGAUAAGUAUUAUAAGGAUCAUGACAUUACUGUUUUGAAGGGUAUUAAAGCUAUUGGAGUGGACACAUCGGCGAAAACAGUAUCUUUAUCUGAUGGAAAACAGAUCCCUUAUGACAAGUUAUUUGUAGCCACGGGCUGCAAACCGAGAAAAUUGAACAAUCCAGGUUCUAGUUUGAAAAACGUUUUAGUUCUGAAGGAUUAUUCAGACUCGGUGUAUGCCUACUCACAACUUAAUCCAGAAGCAGAAAUUGUCGUUCUUGGAUCGAGUUUCAUCGGAAUGGAAGCGGCAAACUAUUGCGUUGACAAAGUGAAGAGCGUCACUGUGAUCGGUCGAAGUAACGCACCUUUUAUAAAUAUGUGGGGAGAGCGAAUCGGUUUGGCCAUUUUGAAGAUGUUUGAGAACAAGGGAGUUAAAUUUAUUCCUAAUAGUGGCAUUAAAAAGAUCAAUGACAACGGAGAGGGCGCUAUUUCAAGUGUGGAAUUGAACGACGGUCAAAUUUUGAAAGCCGACAUUCUGUUUAUGGGUAUAGGUAGCGGUUACUACACCGAAUUUUUGAAGGGAUCAGGUGUCGAAUUACAGCCAGACGGGUCUAUAGAAACCAACCAGUAUUUACAAACAAAUAUUCCUGACGUAUACGCAGGGGGUGAUAUCGCUUAUUCGCCAGUGUGGUCUUAUCAUGACAGAAAAGUAGCAAUUGGACAUUAUGGUUUGGCCCACUACCACGGUAAAAUGGCCGCUUUGAAUAUGCUGGGCAAGCAGACACCCAUCAAGAGCGUACCAUACUUCUGGACCAUGCUUUUCGGGAAAGGUUUCCGAUAUGCCGGACAUGGAGCAUACGAUGACGUCAUCUACGCUGGGGAUGUAGACAAUUUGAAAUUUAUGGCAUACUUUUUGAAAGGCGACGAAGUUGUAUCUACCACGUCGUGUGGUAUGGAUCCUCUAGUUUCUAAAUUCGCCGAAAGACUUGCCCAAGGAAGAAAACUAUACAGGAAAGAUAUUCAAGAGGACCCAUUAGCUUGGACCAAAAGUUUAUAAGAAAAAGUAUUGCACAGUACUUAAGUAUUUUAAAAGAACUUUAACUUAAAAAAAAACAAUUUUAUAUUGACUCUUUUUUUGUUGUGUUUUGCUUUUUAAGUCCAAUUUUUAAAUGUUUAUACGUAUAUCAAUGUUAUAAAUGAUUUAUUGUACAGAUCAUGUGCUUCAAAGUAUUAUUAAAUUAUUUAAUAUA